AUGAUCGCAUUCGCCAUGGGCCCCCUCUCGAGCCGCCUUCAAACCCUCUGCCUAGCCAACGCCACCGCCGCCAUUUCCCGCCUCUCUCUCCGUGUCGUUUGGCUAAAAGACGAGGGGACGAUCUACGUGCCGCCCAGUGAGAUUCUUUUGGGCGGCGGAGGGGGAGCGAGCGGGGGAAGCGCAGGGGGAGGGAGCGCGCGGUCAAGGGGGAAAAUCUUUUGGGGAAGGAGAGAGCCGAAAAGAGGGGCGGGGGGGGAAGUGACUAUGGCGGGGGAGAGAGGGGGAGGCGGGGCGAACGCGGGCGGACGGGGGGGCGGGCCGGUGGUGAUUGAUACGGGGGGAACGCUGUCGCCCGUUACAGCCACUAGAGCGUUUCUCGCGCACCCGUUCGUGCCCAAGACGUGCGGGCAGAGUAGUGCCGCGCUGGACCCCUCUGAAGCGGAGCGCCUGUGUCCCGCCCUCCUUCACCCCCACCCCUUCCCCUUCACCUUCUCCCCUCCCCCCUCUCCUGGCCACACCCGAUGCGGUUUCGGCAGUGCGGGCGCAGCAGUGCAGCUCUCGACCCCUCUGAAGCGGAGCGCCUGUCACUGGACCUGGGUGUCCCCCCUCAUCCCUCUCCCCUCCGCGCUAACCCCCUGCAUGCACGCUCCCCCCCCUCCCGCCUUCCCCGAAUCGCCAGAUGCGAUGCGGUUUGGGCAGUGCGGGCGCAGCAUCGCAGCGCUGGACCCCUCUGAAGCGGUGCGUCCCUCCCUCGCCCUCCCUUCCCUCCCCCUCCCUUCCCUCUCCCUCCCUUCCCUCCCCUCCUCUCCCAAUCACCAGAUGCGGUUUGGGCAGUGCGGGCGCAGCAGCGCAGUGCUCGACCCCUCUGAAGCGGAACGGCUGUCUCUGGACGUGUGGGUGUCCGUGAGAGCUCUCAACCGCACCAACUUCGUGAGUGCUGCUUGGGGUACAGGGGAGAAGGUGGUGGGGUGUUUGGUGUUGGAGGAGUUUCACCGCUGCUACGCUCGCCUGCAGCCUUUCCUUCCCUCCAUGCCUCCCGUUCCCCCCCUUUAUGCUGCUCCACUCACUUCCUCUCUCCCCCAACAACAGGAGAAGGUGGUGGGGUGUUUGGUAUUGGAGGAGUUCCACCGCUGCUACGCUCGCCUGCAGCCUUUCCUUCCCGUCAUGCCUCCCAUGUGCCCCCCCUUGUGCUUCUUCAAUCACUUCCUCUCUCCCCAACAACAGGAGAAGGUGGUGGGGUGUUCGGUGUUGGAGGAGUUUCACCGCUGCUACGCUCGCCUGCAUCCGCUCUCCCUUCGUGCCUCAUUUGCACUUCCUUUGUACGAGCUUUUUUGGCUUCCCCCAACAACAGGAGAAGGUGGUGGGGUGUCUGGUGCUGGAGGAGUUUCACCGCUGCUACGCUCGCCUGCAGCCCUCGGAGGCGAACGGGAGAAGGAGGCGAUGGGUGUGGUGGAAGAGGCGAGGAGAGUGGAUGCUGGGGCCGUGGAGAGAGCAAGGAGAGUGCUGAUCGCGUGUCAACAGCAUGAGUUCGCCGAAUUACUCCUUCUCGCCAACACACGCGCCAUGCUGCACAUGCGGCCAUCGCCAGCAGCAGACUUCAUCCGCGCCCGUGCUCUCGCCCGCAACCCCUCCUUCCGCAUGCUGCCUCCUGUGUGCCACGUCCCCCCCAUCUCACCCAUCCCUCGUCAACUCUUCGCCAAGUUCUUUGUGGUUGAACCAUCACUCAAUCUAGCCUACUGCGGCCUGCCUAAAGUGGCCUGCACGAGUUGGCGCAUGUGGUUACGAGCCAUGCUGCACCUGCCCAAGCCGGAGGACCAUUUCCUCGCACACAGCUACGAGGGCAGCGGGCUGGGGGACCUCUCCCAGAAGUUCACCGAGAAGGAGGCGACCGUUUUCACAUCACUCAAUCUAGCCUACUGCGGCCUGCCUAAAGUGGCCUGCACGAGUUGGCGCAUGUGGUUACGAGCCAUGCUGCACCUGCCCAAGCCGGAGGACCAUUUCCUCGCACACAGCUACGAGGGCAGCGGGCUGGGGGACCUCUCCCAGAAGUUCACCGAGAAGGAGGCGACCGUUUUCACAUCACUCAAUCUAGCCUACUGCGGCCUGCCUAAAGUGGCCUGCACGAGUUGGCGCAUGUGGUUACGAGCCAUGCUGCACCUGCCCAAGCCGGAGGACCAUUUCCUCGCACACAGCUACGAGGGCAGCGGGCUGGGGGACCUCUCCCAGAAGUUCACCGAGAAGGAGGCGACCGUUUUCACAUCACUCAAUCUAGCCUACUGCGGCCUGCCUAAAGUGGCCUGCACGAGUUGGCGCAUGUGGUUACGAGCCAUGCUGCACCUGCCCAAGCCGGAGGACCAUUUCCUCGCACACAGCUACGAGGGCAGCGGGCUGGGGGACCUCUCCCAGAAGUUCACCGAGAAGGAGGCGACCGUUUUCACAUCACUCAAUCUAGCCUACUGCGGCCUGCCUAAAGUGGCCUGCACGAGUUGGCGCAUGUGGUUACGAGCCAUGCUGCACCUGCCCAAGCCGGAGGACCAUUUCCUCGCACACAGCUACGAGGGCAGCGGGCUGGGGGACCUCUCCCAGAAGUUCACCGAGAAGGAGGCGACCGUUUUCACAUCACUCAAUCUAGCCUACUGCGGCCUGCCUAAAGUGGCCUGCACGAGUUGGCGCAUGUGGUUACGAGCCAUGCUGCACCUGCCCAAGCCGGAGGACCAUUUCCUCGCACACAGCUACGAGGGCAGCGAGCUGGGGGACCUCUCCCAGAAGUUCACCGAGAAGGAGGCGACCGUUUUCACAUCACUCAAUCUAGCCUACUGCGGCCUGCCUAAAGUGGCCUGCACGAGUUGGCGCAUGUGGUUACGAGCCAUGCUGCACCUGCCCAAGCCGGAGGACCAUUUCCUCGCACACAGCUACGAGGGCAGCGGGCUGGGGGACCUCUCCCAGAAGUUCACCGAGAAGGAGGCGACCGUUUUCACAUCACUCAAUCUAGCCUACUGCGGCCUGCCUAAAGUGGCCUGCACGAGUUGGCGCAUGUGGUUACGAGCCAUGCUGCACCUGCCCAAGCCGGAGGACCAUUUCCUCGCACACAGCUACGAGGGCAGCGGGCUGGGGGACCUCUCCCAGAAGUUCACCGAGAAGGAGGCGACCGUUUUCACAUCACUCAAUCUAGCCUACUGCGGCCUGCCUAAAGUGGCCUGCACGAGUUGGCGCAUGUGGUUACGAGCCAUGCUGCACCUGCCCAAGCCGGAGGACCAUUUCCUCGCACACAGCUACGAGGGCAGCGGGCUGGGGGACCUCUCCCAGAAGUUCACCGAGAAGGAGGCGACCGUUUUCACAUCACUCAAUCUAGCCUACUGCGGCCUGCCUAAAGUGGCCUGCACGAGUUGGCGCAUGUGGUUACGAGCCAUGCUGCACCUGCCCAAGCCGGAGGACCAUUUCCUCGCACACAGCUACGAGGGCAGCGGGCUGGGGGACCUCUCCCAGAAGUUCACCGAGAAGGAGGCGACCGUUUUCACAUCACUCAAUCUAGCCUACUGCGGCCUGCCUAAAGUGGCCUGCACGAGUUGGCGCAUGUGGUUACGAGCCAUGCUGCACCUGCCCAAGCCGGAGGACCAUUUCCUCGCACACAGCUACGAGGGCAGCGGGCUGGGGGACCUCUCCCAGAAGUUCACCGAGAAGGAGGCGACCGUUUUCACAUCACUCAAUCUAGCCUACUGCGGCCUGCCUAAAGUGGCCUGCACGAGUUGGCGCAUGUGGUUACGAGCCAUGCUGCACCUGCCCAAGCCGGAGGACCAUUUCCUCGCACACAGCUACGAGGGCAGCGGGCUGGGGGACCUCUCCCAGAAGUUCACCGAGAAGGAGGCGACCGUUUUCACAUCACUCAAUCUAGCCUACUGCGGCCUGCCUAAAGUGGCCUGCACGAGUUGGCGCAUGUGGUUACGAGCCAUGCUGCACCUGCCCAAGCCGGAGGACCAUUUCCUCGCACACAGCUACGAGGGCAGCGGGCUGGGGGACCUCUCCCAGAAGUUCACCGAGAAGGAGGCGACCGUUUUCACAUCACUCAAUCUAGCCUACUGCGGCCUGCCUAAAGUGGCCUGCACGAGUUGGCGCAUGUGGUUACGAGCCAUGCUGCACCUGCCCAAGCCGGAGGACCAUUUCCUCGCACACAGCUACGAGGGCAGCGGGCUGGGGGACCUCUCCCAGAAGUUCACCGAGAAGGAGGCGACCGUUUUCACAUCACUCAAUCUAGCCUACUGCGGCCUGCCUAAAGUGGCCUGCACGAGUUGGCGCAUGUGGUUACGAGCCAUGCUGCACCUGCCCAAGCCGGAGGACCAUUUCCUCGCACACAGCUACGAGGGCAGCGGGCUGGGGGACCUCUCCCAGAAGUUCACCGAGAAGGAGGCGACCGUUUUCACAUCACUCAAUCUAGCCUACUGCGGCCUGCCUAAAGUGGCCUGCACGAGUUGGCGCAUGUGGUUACGAGCCAUGCUGCACCUGCCCAAGCCGGAGGACCAUUUCCUCGCACACAGCUACGAGGGCAGCGGGCUGGGGGACCUCUCCCAGAAGUUCACCGAGAAGGAGGCGACCGUUUUCACAUCACUCAAUCUAGCCUACUGCGGCCUGCCUAAAGUGGCCUGCACGAGUUGGCGCAUGUGGUUACGAGCCAUGCUGCACCUGCCCAAGCCGGAGGACCAUUUCCUCGCACACAGCUACGAGGGCAGCGGGCUGGGGGACCUCUCCCAGAAGUUCACCGAGAAGGAGGCGACCGUUUUCACAUCACUCAAUCUAGCCUACUGCGGCCUGCCUAAAGUGGCCUGCACGAGUUGGCGCAUGUGGUUACGAGCCAUGCUGCACCUGCCCAAGCCGGAGGACCAUUUCCUCGCACACAGCUACGAGGGCAGCGGGCUGGGGGACCUCUCCCAGAAGUUCACCGAGAAGGAGGCGACCGUUUUCACAUCACUCAAUCUAGCCUACUGCGGCCUGCCUAAAGUGGCCUGCACGAGUUGGCGCAUGUGGUUACGAGCCAUGCUGCACCUGCCCAAGCCGGAGGACCAUUUCCUCGCACACAGCUACGAGGGCAGCGGGCUGGGGGACCUCUCCCAGAAGUUCACCGAGAAGGAGGCGACCGUUUUCACAUCACUCAAUCUAGCCUACUGCGGCCUGCCUAAAGUGGCCUGCACGAGUUGGCGCAUGUGGUUACGAGCCAUGCUGCACCUGCCCAAGCCGGAGGACCAUUUCCUCGCACACAGCUACGAGGGCAGCGGGCUGGGGGACCUCUCCCAGAAGUUCACCGAGAAGGAGGCGACCGUUUUCACAUCACUCAAUCUAGCCUACUGCGGCCUGCCUAAAGUGGCCUGCACGAGUUGGCGCAUGUGGUUACGAGCCAUGCUGCACCUGCCCAAGCCGGAGGACCAUUUCCUCGCACACAGCUACGAGGGCAGCGGGCUGGGGGACCUCUCCCAGAAGUUCACCGAGAAGGAGGCGACCGUUUUCAGUGAGAAGUGGGCGACCGUUCCGCCUCCCAUUAACCACUCUCAACCUCCUUGCACCCCCCAUCCCCACUGCCCUGCUCACUGCAGCAUCACUCAAUCUAGCCUACUGCGGCCUGCCUAA